AUGAACCUCAGAGAGGACCCUAAAAUGCCAGGGAUCAGCAGUCUGCAGCCGAAACCACCACCAAUGUUGGGAAGGACAACGUACACCUUUCCAGUUGGGAACACAUCCUGUGUUACUCUUCCCUCCCUGACCCUUCUGGCAUUGUCAGUGGUACAACCACCUUUUCACAAAAAACACCACAGUGGCAAUUGCUGUCCGGGUGCCACAUUUGGUGUUGACAGAGGUGGAGCCAACACAGUUGGGCUGACAAAAGCUCCCCAUCCAGGCACAGGAGACCCAUUGGUGGUAGCCCUCGGAGCUCCUAGUGCCCUGCCUUUGCCAGACCUCGCCAGAGGAGGGCAGGGGAAGCAGUGGGACCUCUGGCGAUGGGUAAGGCUCCUGUUUGGACGUGAAUUCCCACUUCAGGACCUUCUGGUUGUCUGGGAUGCUCUCUUUGCUGACAGUAUCACCCUGAAUUUAGUUGACUACAUUUUUGUAGCCAUGUUGUUAUAUAUUAGAGAUGCCUUGAUUUCAAGUAAUUAUCAGACCUGUUUGGGACUUCUGAUGCAUUAUCCUCCAAUUGGAGAUGUUCACUCCCUUAUCCUAAGAGCACUUUUUCUCCGAGAUCCAAAGAGAAAUCCAAGACCAGUGACUCACCAAUUCCAGCAAAAUUUAGAUUAUUACAAAGCACGUGGAGCAGACUUGAUGAACAAAACCCGCGCCAGUGCUAAGGCUGCCCCACUGAACAUUAACAAAGUCUCCAACAGCUUACUGAAUUUUGGCCGAAAACUCAUUGCUCCAGCUAUGGCUUCAGGCGGGGCUGGGGCCGCUCCUGCCGGCGGGAGCAGCUUUCCUCCCCCUGCAAUGCCCAUCAGGAGCGCAGUGGAAGCCCCCCAGCACCACCACCACCACCAGUCACAGCAGCAGAGGAUGAUGAAGUCCGAAAGCAUGCCAGUUCAGCUGGGCAAAGGCGAGGCAGGCGCAGGCAGCGAUGCUGCGGUGCCGGGCCCCGGGCAGCAUCCCCCUGCCCUCCCAGGCCAAAGUUCAAAAAACAUCAGUUCAUCUCCAAGCAUAGAGAGCUUGUCUGGAGGACGUGAAUUUACAGGAUCUCCACCUUUGUCUGCAUCAAAAAAGGAUUCCUUUUUCAGUACAAUCUCCCGCUCCCGUUCCCAAAGCAAAACUAUGAGCAGGAAAGAGUCGGAGGAGGAAUUGGAGGCCCAGAUUUCAUUCCUACAAGGACAACUAAAUGACUUGGAAGCCAUGUGCAAAUACUGCGCCAAGAUGAUGAACACGCAUCUUGGAAAUAUUCAGGAAGUCAUAUUACAAGAACACUUGGAAAAAGAAGAUGAAAUUCUGGUUUCCUUGGCUGGUUUGAAGCAGAUCAAGGAUAUCCUGAAGGGUUCCCUGCGUUUCAACCAGAGCCAGCUGGAAGCUGAAGAAAAUGAGCAAAUCACGAUAGCUGAUGAUCAUUACUGUUCCAACAGUCAGAACAAGGGGACUGGUGAUGUCCUAAAGGGACCUGUUAUGACAAAGCAACAGUUCAUUUCAGGACAACAG